AGCACGAGCUUUUCCGCUGUUUCCAGGAUCCCUGCCGGCUGGGCACGCGCCAAAAGCAGCCCUGGGCCCUGGGGACCGCGCUGAGCACCUCCGUGCUCCACCAGUCCGUGGCCUCCUCCCCCAAGAUGCCGAGGAGGACCCUGGAGCAGGAGAAAGGGCGCCACCUCUACCUGGCCGGCCUUCCCGGCAGAAGCCGCCGAGCUAAGCCCUGGAGAGGUCGGCGCCUGGACUACAUCACGUACCGCGGAGUUCCCGGGUGGCUGGGCCUGCGGCACUGGGACGACCCUCAACCUGACUCCCGCCCCCAGGAGGUGGAGCAGGUGACGUUCAGUACCGCCCUGGAGGGGCUCACGGACCACCUGGCAGUGGGCCUGCAGCUCCGAGUUUCAGUGUCCUCCUAA